GUGAGUGUAGCAUGUGUAUGCUGGUGGUUGCGUGUGGAGCGCUGGUAUCGCUGGCUGCGGGAGCGCUGGCACUCGCUGCCUGGCUGUGGGCGACACGGCCGCAGACGUCGAUCCCAGGACCUCCGACGCUGCCGCUGCUCGGAAACGCUACCUUGUUCUACAAACUGCCCGUGCUGCUGGACCGGCUCGGAGAGUUGCACCGUCGUUAUGGAGACAUCUUUAGGUUUUACGCCGGUCCUAAGCUGAUCAUUGUGGUAACGCAGCCAGAUGACGUGCAAAAGCUAAUGGCGACCAGAAAACCACGAGAACGAGAUCCAUACUUCACGUACCUCUUAAGUACAUUCCUAGGCAACGGGAUAUUGGUCAACAAAGGCGAGGUCUGGAAAAAUCACCGAAAGGUCAUCGAACCAGCUUUUCAUUCAGAGGAACUGGAGAAAUUCAUGGACAUGUUUAACGAAAGUGGGAGCUUCUUAUGUUCGAAGCUGGAUGAAUCGAAUGGUGCAGAGACAGAACUGUCCAUCUUGCUCACAAUGUCCGCAGUCCGCUCGAUUUCAGCCACAAUUUUCGACAUUAAAAUAGAUUUGCUGAUACCAGGUCUGCGGAAACAGGCUGAAUGGGCUGCUCAACUAGCUGAUUUCGCAAAAACUUUAUCGACAAUUCUAUACCGUCCAUGGACAACAAUACCCUUUUUCAAGUGGAUGACUGCAGAAGGUCGUGCCAUCAUGAGAAUAAGAAAAGCAGCCGAAGACCUCACGUGUAGAGGAAUUGCCUUAAGAAGAGAAAAUAUUUCCAACAUAGAUAUCAAUGGAAGAUCGUUCUUAACCUACCUUCAUCCAGAAAAGAAUUUAUGGUUCACAAUUACUGAAAAGGAAAUCAAUGAAGAAGUAAUAACACUUUAUGGAGCCGGUAUCGAGACGACUUCUGACACAACAGGUUACCUGCUGACUCUGCUCGGACUGCACCCAGAGUGGCAACAGAUGGCACAGCGCGAGCUCGAUGAUGUUUUCGGGAACGGUGGUGACUACCUGAGGCCAGUCACUACAGCAGACCUUGCCCAGCUUACAGUACUUGACGCCAUCAUAAAGGAGGCACUGCGGCUGUUCUCGACAGUGCCCUGCAUGCCAUACCUGCUGACUGAGGACACCCCCCUGGCAGGAGGUCGGUAUGUGGCGCCACGAGGCAGCACUGUGCUGGUCGCCUACUACCUGUUGCACCGCCAACCCCAGCUGUUUCCAGACCCACACAAGUUCGACCCCAGUCGCUUCCUGGAGGGUGGCAGCGCGACAACCAGGAAACCCUACAGCUACGUGCCUUUUGGCGUCGGCCCGCGCAAAUGUGUGGGUGCCCGGUAUGCAAUUAUGCACAUUAAAACUUUACUGGCAGUGGUGCUGCGGCGUUAUUGCAUACUGCCUGGAUCCAGCAGGAGGGAUCUAGAAGAGAGUGUACUUUCCAUAACAACUCACCCAAUCACUGGUUUUAAAGUUAUUUGUAUCCCACGAGACAACACAGCUGUUGGUUCUGUGUGAAAAAUAAAUGUGGAGGUAAGUUAAAUCUCAGGCAACUUUUGUAUGAACCUUUAGCCAAUCUUUAGUACUUUUCGUUAAUAACUCCAUUGUGAUAAUGACAAUAUUGGUUAGUUCUAUAUUCCAUUGGUGAUAUUCGGAAUAAACUUUUAUUUAACAAAAGAUUACACAGGGUAAUUAAAACAGAAUAUUUGUAUUGGUAGCAAUACACAUUGCCCAUAUGCAGGUUUAUAUCUGUUUAUCUGUUCAAUAAAGAGUUCCUAUGCAGAAACUA